UCGCAACAGCUUUCUUGAGGUUCUUUCGCUGUCUGUGCUCUCAGAUCAGAAAAAAUAAAGUCCGAUCGGAAACAUCUUACCCGUGUAUGGCUAGAGGUAACACAUCCUGUUUUAUCUAUACUGGUAUCUCAUUUGGUGGCAAUUAGUUAGCAUUGGGAGGCAACAUGGUACCGAGAAGGGAUAGAUUGCAUCCCCACACUAUCCGAGCACUCGUACCGUAUGCAAUGCGACAAUCUCGCUUCUGACCCCGCACAAUGUGCGCAUCGUACUGUGCUCUACCCAACACCGAACAAAGCCAGUCCUGUUGGAAUUUCAAACGAGACUAGUACUUUACUUAGGGUACAGUAAGCGGCGAGAAUGACCCAAAUGUGCACCGCUCCUGAUAGCAAACUUCCACACUUUAAACUCAAAUCUUCAUCAUGGGUGGCUGCGGUUGCGAAACUUCUGGUUCUUGUGGCUGUGGAGCGGAUUGCACCUGCGAUAACUGCCCUCAUAAAUAAAUCAAAACCCCCUGAGACUCGGCCCGCUCGUAUCUUGUACCUCACCAUAGCGGUAACGAAACAACGUCAGGCAAUCAUCAUUGACACGGGAAACGGGGGAUGCACUGGGUCGGAUGUUACGGUCGAAAUGUGUUCAACGGAGCGGGUGAAAUUCUGAAGGCUGGGGGAGGGCCUAUUCGUUUGUUUUUUUGAUUUGUUAUUCUAAACGGUAUCAUUUUUUUCAAAUAUAGUAUAUUUGAGGACAACGAAA